UGUCCCUUUAUCCAUUGAUUUAGAGUUUGAAGUUUUGAACAGCUACAGUUCCUCAUCAUUCUUGGGGGAAAAGGCUUUCUUUUUGGCAACACAAAUCUGCGUUUCCAGAGACUUUUCGAUUGAUUUCCAAUGGAGACACCUUCUUCUGCGAGAAGAGUGACCAGGUCACAGACUUCGGCUGCUUUGAACAACAGUAUUACUGUUUCCAGAAAUAAUGAAGAGUCUGGGAAGAAGAGUGCGUCGAAGACAAGAACAAGAAACGGAAAGCAGCAACAAGAAGACAGGUCUGCCCUUAUUGACAUAACAAACGAUUCACCCAUUGUCGGGCUUGCAUUUGGGACGCCGAAGUCUGACAUAUCUAAGCCGUGGGGAGGCAAGAACACGAGGAUGAUGACUCUCGGUUCCGGUGAGGCAUUGCUAAGGGGACAAGUCAAGAAUCUCCUGCAAAAGGUUGAAGAAGAAGCCAAGCUUUCGAAAGUUACGUUGGACAACCGUCGUCCUUUUCUUCAUCUUCAAAGUUGUGUGAAUUCCCCAAUGGGGAUUUUGGCUCCUACUCCUGCAAAUACACCACAAGUUGAGGAUGGUAUUAACAACACUGGAGUGAUGAUGGCACUUCCUGUUUUUGAGGAAAAGUUGAGGAUUUCUGAGGUGAUGACUAGUGGCAUAUUCGAGGGAUUGAGUGUUGAAUCCCAGAAAAGUAUGAUAACAAGGUCUUUGCUGCUGGACUUUUCUGAGAAAUCAGAAACCUCAGAUUCAACAGAAUGCGAUUCGGUGGUGACAAAUGAAGGAGUGAUAAAAGGGGAAAGCUAUGCAAGCAAAGAGAAGGCAUCCAUUGAUGAUGAUAACUCCUCUGUUUGGUCAAUGCAGGUGAAUACAAGCACCCAUGGUGAAGAUGAGGAAACAAUUGAAGAAAUGGGAGAUGAUUACUAUGAAGAAGAAGAAGAAACAAUGGGUGAUGAUGGAGGGUUGUUGGUUGAUGAGCUUUGUGAGGGUUUAAGCAAGAUGAGCAUGAAAGAGAAGUUCAAAGGGAAACACACAAGAUUUGUAUACAACAGUGAUGAUGAGCUUGAAGAAGAGUGUGUGGAGGAUUCAUCUGAGAUUAUGCGGUUGAAGGGAUUGCCGACGCCGAAAGGAAAGCACUUGCGAUUUCCUAUGGACGAUGAUGAAUAAACUAUCUGGGCUAGAUUAUAAAUGGUGGUGGAGUUGUCUUCGAUUCCUCAUCUUUGGGAUUCUUUUUCUUUUUGUCAUCUGCAUUUGUUUGUUGCUUUCUUGGAAAAACAAAUCACCAAUCAAGUGAUUGAA